AUGAAGAGAGAUAUAGUUUUCUUAGAAAAUGAAAUAAAUACAGUUCAGGAAUCAAUUAAAAUAAUGCCAUUAGAAGACCAACUAUCACAGGAGGCUGAAACUGUAAAUGAAGAAAAUAAUUCAGAGGACAUUGAGGAUUUGUCAUAUAAAACACUACAAGAGGCUAAUAAAGAAAGCAAUGAAGAUUUGUCAUAUAAAACACAAUCGGAAAGUGAAUAUGAACCAUGGACGAAUGAUUCAAGUUUAUCUAGCGAUGACAAUACACAAGCUUACAAACUUGAGAGACCUUUAAGAAAAAGGAAACAAACAUCAUUUUAUAAAUGUAAUUUUGUGCAUGUGUAUGGACAAUAUCAAGAAUCUAAGUGGCUUGUAGACUCUGGUGCAGAUGAACAUAUGUGCUGUGAUCGUUCAUUAUUUACGCAUUUUGCAAAUCAUUCGCAAAAGAUGGUGACAGUAGGUAAACGGCGUGGCAAU